UUUCCCUGUGGGCAUCGGUUUCCCGCUGGGGUGGCCACAGCCUGCGUGGGGGCGGCUGUGAGAAGAGUGAGUCUGUCCAGGACCCAGCCUGAGUCCCUGUUUCCCCAGCAGAACCUCCCCGAUGAAGCCUCACCGGCAGAUCUGCGUCUCCGCCCUUCCCUUGUCUCCUAAACCCCGUCAGCCAGGUGAGGCCCAGCAGCCGGGGCCCUGGAACUGGCAGUCGGAGCCUGAGCAGUGGGCAAGGUCUGUCCGCCAGCAUUUGAACGCCCAGCUCCUGGUGGUCUCGGAUAUGCGGGUAGACUCGUCUCCCGAAGAGGCAUCAGCUGCUGCCCUUGAGCCUCGGCACUGCCAGAGGAGACAGGAGCAGUUCCUGAAGGCAGUGACUCAGUCGCUCCCGGGGCUGGAGCUCCUGGUAGCUGAGCUCCGAACUCUGUUCUCAGCUGUGCUGCAGGAUGGCAGCCCCCAAGCCUGGCACUACCUGUAUGCAGUGCUGCGUCUGCUGCCUCCAUAUCGUGCUCUGCUGGCCGGCCACCUUGAUUUGCUGCCCUUCCUGGAGCAGCUGUACCGCUGGGCACCCUGGGUCCAAUCCCAGCUCCAGCUGGACCUGCUAGAUGCCAUAGACCAGGCCUUUCCCCCAGACUCGUCUUUGUUAGAGAGCGCCUCCCAUGUGGACUGCUGUCUUCAGAAGCAGAGGUUCUGUCCAGGCCCCCCACUCCCGGCAUGCCCUUUUGUUCGGGCCAGGAGGGAUGGGCAGCAAGGAGAAGCGGAGUUAGCCACGUGGCUACGACCACUGACUCUGCCUGAGCUACAGCACAGCCUGGGAAUUGUUGGUGCCAAGAUGGCUCUGAAAGAGGCACAGUGGCAAGAUGGCCUUAGCCUUCUGCCCUUGGCACUGGGGACAGACAUCCCUGUACAGUAUGAGAGCAGUGGCACUGGCGACACAGAGCAGGAGCCUGUUGGAAGAAGAAAGACUAAGUCUCAGCUUGACUCUGAAGUUUCCAGAAAGAGGACCUUCCGAAAAAGCAGCACUGAUCUCUUGCCACCGAUUUCCCUCCUGGGUAGCCAGGCAAUGACCAUUUUAAAGACAGAGAGGCAACUGAAGAAGAUCCACUUCCUCUAUCUCAACGUGGCUCCUGGCCGGUACUUUAGGCCUUACAGCCUGGUGGUGGUGCCCCCAAACAAGGUGAAUCCUGAGCACUACAUCUUCUCUCCCUUUGGGGUCCUGCAUGUACAUCCCGAGGAGGACACUGAGGCCAUGACGCUGGGUACCUGGCACCGCCACUCUGUCCUCUGGCAGCAGCUCCAGUUCAUCCCAUUCUUCAAGAAUUGCCUCUUACGCAAGGCCUGGGCCUGCUGGAAGAAGACUGUGACGUUUCAAGGCCUGCACCGGUGCCGGGCGUUCCUGGGGAAGCACCUGCUCUUGGCCGUGCCCCACUUUGGAGCAGCGCUGCUCCACAUCAGCAGGCUUCUGCAGGAGCUGCACUCUGUGUCCUGGCUCCCCCAGGAGCUAGAUGAGUGCUACGAGCUGCUGGACCUGAAGCAGGCGCUGGCCAAGGAGAACCACAAGGCCCUGCAGCUGCUUUCUCGCUGCCUGCGCCUCUGCACGUCCAUCCUUCACAUGGUUCAUGAGGAUACAUAUCAAAUGCAACAGGGCCUACAGGAGCGAGUGAAGAACUGCGAGAGGAUCAGAACAGGCCAAGGCUCCAUAUACCUUCAGAAGAUGCAGCGCCAGCAUCUGGAGCGGAAGCUGAAGCGGGCAGAGACCUGGCUGCUGCAGCUGGGACAGCUGGCCCGCCUGGUGAACUUCAUGAUUUGCCAGAGCCUCGUGUCUAUCAUAGAGGAGAAGAUAACCUCUUUUGUGGCCAACAUCCUGCAAGCCCCAAGGGAGAAUCCCUUUCUCUCAGCACAGCUGAUCUUUGACAGUGGUGGCCAGCUGUCUCAGGAACCCUGUAUUGAAAGCAUGAUUGAGAUUCUAACUGGGCACCUACAGUUUAUCAAGGCCUCUGCUCUGAAGGUAAUGCAGUCUACAGACCUGAAGACUCCCCCGGAUUCCCUGUAUCCUGAAGGAGAAGAUGAAGAGGAGGACUCGAGCAUGGAAUCCCUGAUGCCCAAGUCCCAGGGCCAGCCCAGCGAUGCUGUGCAUAUCUUCUGUGGCCCGAAUGUAGGAUUGGUGUGGCCCUGGAAGUCUCACACAAUCACUGAAGCCCUGGAGGUCCGUGGAUACCGGCUGCGGGGCCAGUACUUACCCCCCAGUUACAAACAGCUGCAAGAGGACCUGGAUAACAGCCCUAGAAUCCAGCAGGCACUGACUAUACAACAGGCCCUGCUGAAGGACAUGCUGUGGGAGGUGCAGGAAUUCUGCAGGGAGCAUCACUGGAUGACAGGCAUUCAUGAGUUCCUGCAAUCCUGGGGGCCUCAGAAGCUGGAGUCUAUGAGAGGCUGUCCUAUCAAGAACUACGUGAUGCUGGUGAGCCACCUGAACAUUUGGCAGAACCGCAUCUCUAAUAUACCUGUCAAGUUGAUCACAAAAGGCAAGUUGCUGCUGCUGAGCUGCCACGAUGUGCAGGCCGACGUGGACACCAAACUGAAGAACAUCAGGAAGGAAAUUCUCGCCCACGUACAGAGUGAGUGCUGGAGCCGCAGCCAGCACCUGAUGAAAGAGCUCAGAGAUUUCGUCGAGAUCUUCCAAACCAUCAGCUCAGACAUUCGUACCAUUGCCAGCUGCUCCCAGAAGUUGAACGAGGCCCAUGAUCAGUACGGCAAGCUGGAGGAGCGAAUGGAAUACAUCCGGUCACUCCACGAACUCAUCCGCAACCACUUCAGCCUCUUCAGUGCCGAGACCGAGGCUCUGGACAUCUUGGUAAGAAGGGAGUUCAGGAAGUCACCCAUCCCUCCCUGUCCCCCACCCCCACAACCACAUCCACUUGACGGCCCUGUGCUGGCCCCACAGCUCCUGGAUCUGUGGGAGGCAUUUCAGUUUGAGAGGAGCCAGGCCUCGGAGUUCCUGCUCAGCAAGCAGCAUUCCCUCGUGCCCAAGCUGCAGCAGCUGAUGGGGGCAGCCUUGGCGGAGCUGGAAGGUCUGAUCCAGAAGGCCCUGUCCAGCCCCUUCAUGGACCCUGCACAAGAGCAGAAGAGCAUGGAGAGCCAGCUCAUCUCCCUGGAGCAUCAGUUCCAGGACACCGUCAGCCGCCUUAAUGAACUGCGCCAUGCCUACUCCACCUUCACUGGGGAUGAAAGUCCUGUGUCCUUGCCAAUCUGUGGGAUCCAUCCUAUCAAGCAGCAGCAGAGCAUCUGGCGCCUAUAUCGAGUCAUCUCUGAAAACAUUAGUGAAUGGAAGUGCAUGGCUUUUGCCAAGUUCAACCUGCCUAUGGCCCAGGAGAAGAUAGAGGGCUGGCUCACAGAGGCGACCCAGAUGAAUGCCACCCUAGGGCUGCACAGCCCGGUUCUGCAGUGCACCAUACGCCUUCUGGAGGAGUUUCGCAGCUACCUGCCCUUGCUUACCAAGCUGAGCAGCUUCCAGCUGCAUAGCCUCAGCUUACAAGCCCUCCUCCGAGCCCUAGGGCUGGGCAGUCUCAAUGUAGAACUCCUAACACUGGGCCAGCUGCUCACUUGUCCACUGCUGGAGUUUGCAGAUCAAAUCAAUCAGAUCUGGCGGAAUGAAAAUGAACACAUUCAUGCCCAAGAGACCCUGCAGCAGCUGCAGCAGGCCUGGGAAGGCCGCAAGCUGCGCCUGCUCAACUUCAUCCUGCACGUGCCCUACGAGCCCCAGACCUUGCAGCGCUCCAAGAGGCAUAUGCACCGCACUCACAGGGACAUAGUGGCCAAGGAUAGUGGCACCUUCAUCCUUUCAGAUUACAGCAGCCUGCAGGAUUCCAUCCAGAAAAGUCUUCAGGUGUUGUUCAAGAUCCUGGUCACCCAAAAGUUGGGAGACUUACACAAAAUAGCUUUGGAGUGGGUGACCAUCCUGCGUGACCUGAGUCACAUACUGCAGGUGUGGGUCACUUUCCAGCAGAAGUGGAUGUUUCUGAAUAAAGUUCUGCAUGAGAUGAUGAUCCAGUUUCCCAGUUCUGAUCUGAACUCCCGUUUCAAGGCCAUGGAUGAUCAGUACCGGACCCUGAUGCAGACCUCUGUAGCUGACCCCCUGGUCCUGUCACUUGUAGUGCCCAGUGCCAAGCGGAACCCUUACUACCAAGGCCAACAGCUGCAACAGCUGCUUCAAGCAGGCUCAGUGGAGCUGGAGGGCAUCAUUAUGGCUCUGCAGAGCGUGCUCUAUGGGUUCUGUGUUCACUUUCCCCGCCUUUUCUUCCUCAGUGACAUUGAGCUGGUGAGCCUACUCGUUGCCAGAAUGGAGCCAUGCGAGGCCCAGAUAUGGGUAAGGCGCUGCUUUCCUCAUGUGCUCGCUGUGAGCUUCAAGUCCAGUUCUACUGAUGAACACAUGGAUGCCCCAGAAUCAAGGCAAGACGUGCAGCCUCAGGUGGAGUGCCUCGCAGUGCUAGGGGCAGGUGGGGAGGAAGUGGAGCUGCAGCAGCCCCUUCCUCUGCAUCCAGAUCUCCCCAAGUGGCUGGCCUCUCUGGAGAAGGGUCUGCGUUUGGCACUGGUGCACAUGCUGCAGGGCUGUGUGGCUGCCCGUCUGCGAGGCGGUGUGGUUCUGGCCCCAUUCCUAGACAAGGCCUUCAAGGAGCUGCCCCAGAAAGGCCAGGUGCCCCUGCAACUGAAUGUCCACCACUGGCUGGAUUUAGUCGAGGCCUUCCCCUGGCAGUGUGUGCUGGUGGCAGAGGAGGUGGUAUGGUGGGCCGAGAUGGAGGAGGCUCUGCUGGAGGAGAGGACCCUGGCCAUGGUCCGCACACAUGUGUGCAAGCUGGAGGUACUGGUGCGUUUUGUACGGACCCAGAGGGCCUCCCAGGGUGGGCAGUCCCUGCCCUCUGUCCGCCAGGCCAGCCUGCUCAGUGCCCUACUGGCCAUGGCGGUGACCCACCGGGAUAUAGUACAGCUGCUGAGGGAGCACCAGGUCAGUGAUCUGACAGACUUCCACUGGGCCCGCCAACUCAAGUACCACCUGGGCUCACCUCACAUCAUCCCCCGAAGUCCCCUGCAGAGUCUCAAGACCACUGCAUCUAUGGACACUUCUCUAUCACCAGCUGGGUGCUGGAUAGAGGUGCUGGGCCGGUCCUUCCUGUACAAUUAUGAGUACUUGGGUCCCAGACUGGGGUCUCUGCCCAGCUUGCUGCCUGAGCGGCCAGCCCUGGUGCUGCUAUUGGCUCUGGAGGAAGUGGCCUGUGGGACCCUACUGGGCCCUGAUGGCAUAGGCAAGGCAGCCAUGGUGAAGAGCCUGGCACAGGCCCUGGGACGCCAACUGGUGAUAAUACCCUGCUUGCCUCAGACAACGGCCCAAAGUCUGAGCAACUACCUGAAUGGUGCCCUGCAGGGCGGAGCCUGGCUGCUGCUGGAGGCAGCUCAGCACCUGCCCCUUGGCUUGCUCUCUGCCCUGGGCCAACGCCUGGCUGAACUGCACAACCUCUAUGCCCCACUGUACCAGCAGGCUUCCCGAAGCACCAGUACCAUCGACCCAACCCACCCCCACCUCCUUGGCAGUGGUUUCUUUGAGAAACAUCAUGUGGACAUGCGCCUUGGCUAUGGCUGUUUCCUGACGUUACGUGCCCUGAGCCCUGCCGUGCCUGCCAACCUGCGCCUGCUGCUGCGGCCUGUGGCACUGACACUGCCAAACCUACAGCAAGUGGCAGAGCUCACUCUGCUGGGUGCAGGGAUGCGGGAUCCCUCCCGCAUGGCUACCCACCUAUCCAAAUUCUUCUUCCUGGAGCACGAGCUGGUGCCUGGGCCCCUGCCCUACCACUUGCCGCUGCUCAAGCAGGUCCUCACAGCCAUGAUACAGGCUCUAAAUGUGACCAAGGAGGAACCUAGCACCCAGCCACCCCACAGCCUUGCGGCCAUUGAGGAGAUGGCCCUACUGCGUGCCCUGAUACGCUCACCACUGUUCAGCAUCCUCGAUGGGGUCCGCCUUCACAACCUCCAAGAGCUGCUCUGUGGAAUCUUCCCCAGUGCCAGACAAGUGCUGGCAGAGCCUGUGACCCACAAGCUGAGGAAGCCACUGCUGGUGGAGGAAUUGCAGCAGGCAGGUCUGCAUCCCACCCCCAAUAUUUUGGGUUCCCUGGAGCAGCUGAGCCAGGCCCUGGACCGGGCCUCUGGCAUUUUGCUCCUGGGCCCUGCAGGCAGUGGCAAGACCACUUGCUGGCACAGCUUGUUUACAAUCCAGAAUCAGCUGGCGGGCAUAGAGGGCACCUCAACAUGGGGCUGUCCACUUGUGGAGAUUACGCACCUGUAUCCCAGUGUCUUCAGCACCCAGGAGUUACUGGGGUGGCAAGAGGGCCCCUGCUGGCACCAAGGCAUCCUCCCCAGGCUGCUUCAUUCAUCCAGUCAGUGUAAGACUGUGGACCCAAAGAGCAAGGCACAGGAAUCGGUGAGGAUCCAGCACUGGAUAAUAUGUGAUGGGGCCCCCAGUGCUGCUUGGCUGGACGCUGUCACUUGCCUCCUGGGUAACCCCCCCCAGCUUAUCCUCCCUAGUGGUGAGCAGAUAGAACGAUCCCCAGAUACUUUUUUCUUGAUGGAGGUGGGAGAUGCAACAGGGAUGUCCCCCAAAGUGGUGGGCCAUUGUGCCCUCGUCUGGUGCGGUGGGGAGCAGACUUGGCAGGGGAUGCUUAGCGUCCUGAUGGCAGCCCUGCCCCGUGAGUACUGCCUGCAGCCCCAGACGGUCACCGAGCUCAACCGCCUGGCCAAGGUGCUGGUGCCUGCAACGCUCCGAUUCCUCACCCGCGAGGGUGCCUGCUCCCUGCUGCAGGCACACGGGCAGGUGGCUGUUUGCCCAGGUGUGGCCGAAAUCACCAGCCUGGCUCGCCUCUUGCAUUGCCUGCUUGACCUCCACCUACGCAUAGAUGAGGAGACACAUAUGCCAGGUGAAGAAGACCUCAGCCAUAGUGAUCCUGUAGCCUCAAGCUUCAAGUCCUCGAAAACCAGCUCUCUGACCGGGUCCCUGGUUGACAGCAAUGAUCUGCCUAAUAAGCACAGGGAGCACUUGCUGGUUGUGAGCAGCUUUCUUUUUGCCUUGAUCUGGGGCUUUGGAGCCCACCUUCCCUCCAGGCUCUGGCCCCUCUUUGAUACCUUCCUGAGGCAUUCUAUUAGUUGCCUCUCCAACUAUCCUGAGCCACCAGUCUCAGCCUCGGUGUUUGAUCUACAUGUAUGCCCUGAAGAUGGGACACUGGUCCCCUUCACUGGCCAAUACAUGGGCGGCCGCAUCAAGGGAUCUCUGGGCACCUUCAGCCCUUCUCCCCAGGCUGAACGGCUCCUGUAUGUGGUGGACCUGCUUCUGUCAGCAGGACACCCAGUGCUGCUGGCUGGAGAGGCAGCAACAGGGAAGUCAGCCUUUGUGGCGGUGCUGGUGGAACCACAUCACCCUUACGUGUACACCCCCAUCCACCCUGCCUUCAGUACCACCCAUUUUCGCCUUCUGCUGAGCCGAGGGGUCCAGGGCCAAGCGCGAGCCAACCCGUGGCCUGGGCAGGCCCUGAGUUCUAAAGGCUCCCUCCUCUUCCUGCUGGAGGACCUGCACCUGGCGGCCUCCGACCCAGAGAAGAGCUGUCAGCCAGUGUUGGAGACUCUGCGCCAGGCCAUGAGUGGUGCUAUGUUUGCCCAUAGCACCUUGGAACUGCAGAAACUUCAGCCUAUAGUCAACUUCCUUGCCACAGCCACAGUGCCAGGCUUCUGUGAGCGUCCACUGGACCCACGCCUCUUUCGACUCUUUACAGUGCUGGCCCUGGCCGACAUGACCCAGGCCAUGCUGCUCAGCAGGCACACGCCUAUCAUCCAGGCCUGGCUUGAGCGCUUCCACUCUGUGGAGCGGGAAGGUCUUCUAGCAAGAGCCCUGGUCUGCGCCUCCGUGGAGGCCUGGGAGGCUGUGGGCAGCUGUUUUAUGCCUUCACCCCUCCACCCACACUACCGCUUCUCCUUGCACUCUGUGAGCCAACUACUGGGCAGCCUGCAGCUGCUGCCAACUAGAACGGGCUCCCGAGGUUUCCUGGACUAUCCCAACCACCAGGAGCACUUACGCCGGGUGUCAGGCUUGCGUGGCACCCGCCUGACAACUAUGAUGGCCAUGCGCAACAUGGUGCGUCUUUGGCUGCAUGAGGCACAGAGAACCUUUUGUGACAGGCUAGACAGCCCUAGGGAACGCACCUACUGUGCCAAGCUGCUCCUAGAAGUAGCUCAGAGUACCUUCUGCUGUGGGCCGGUGCCCCAAAACCUGGGCAAGGGCUAUGAGGAGGAGGAGGAGGAGGAGGAGAGGGUGCCCGAAGUGGAGUCUGAAGGGGAGUUGGCCAAAUGGGAGGGCUUAAGCAACAGCAGCAGUGAGACAGAGGGGGAGGAGGACCCUCCUGGCUUUUGGGUCACUACAGGUUCACCCUCCAGUGAUUCAGGUCUUGCAUCAGCCAUAGCCCCAGUAAAGAGGGAGGAAAUAAGUCAAAAGAUAAACCAGGAGGAAGGCACAACAGCCCCCAGCUAUAAAGCUCAGCUAAAGAGAUCUAAGAAUUGGUGGCAGAAGGCAUCCCAGAUGGACUCGGUCACACCCCUGUUGUUACCAGUGCUACUACUCUGUCCCCAGGAAAAGCCCUCAGACCUGGUCUUCAGUCGGGAGCUGAUAGUAGGUUCCAACUCUGAUAGCCCCAACUUGUACCUGGAACGGCAGUGGGAGAGCCUGGGGGAGCAGCUGGCUAUGUCAGCCGCUCAGCUAAAGCUGAGUCCACACCUUGCCAGGUGCCGCUCGAUGGCCCAGCACGUGGCCCGCCUGGUCCGGGUCUUGGCCAGGCCCCGGCAGCACGGGCUGCUGCUCUCAGGGGCCCUGGGCACUGGGCGCUGUACUGCCAUCACUUUGGCGGCUAGCAUUUGUCAGGCUCACCUCUUCCAUCUGCCAUGUGGGUCAGAGGAGGCCAUUCUCCAGUGUCUAUGGGAUGCCAGCUGGCAUGCUGGCAUGUUAGGCCAGCCAGUGGCCUUGCUGGUACCCACGGGUGUGGAUCUUACCACCCUUCAUCGUCUGCUGGCCUUGGCCAGCUCAGGCAGUUUCCCUGACCAGUACACACAGGCACAUCUGGACAACAUUGAAGAACAUCUCCUCAGGGAGAACCUUAGUGUCAAGCAGACCAUCAGGAAGGAAAUGCUGUUGCAGAGGUUCUACCAGCAAGUGUGCAGCCACCUGCACAUGUUCAUCCUGAUCGGAGAUGACCAGGCCCACAAACAACUGCCCUCCACCCUUUUCCUGAGACUCCUCCAACUGGGCAUCGCCAGCAUUGACCGCUAUGAACCCUGGGACCAAGAUUCCCUGGUCUCUGUGGCCCAGCACCACCUGGAGGGUGUUCAAAAUCUACCCCUUGGUGACGAAAUCUUGAAGUACCCAGACCUCCAGGCCUCAGUUUCCAGUGUGGCCAAAGCCAUGGCUCUCAUCCACCUUUCGGCUGCCAGCUACCAUGGGCACCUGUGCCCUGAAUUGCCACUCGUCACCCCCAAGACCUUCCUAGACUUCCUGGACACCUUCGUGCUGCUGCAGCAACAGAUGAUCCUGAAGAUGCAGAGCAAGGCCCAGCGGGUCCACGACGCCCUGGGGAAUCUGACAGCACUACUUGAGCAUCACAACAGCCAAACCAACCAGCUCUCCAUCUUGGAACAGGAGCUGAAAGACUCCCUCAUGAACCUCAGCACAUUGAAUCAGCAGCUAGAGCAAGGCAAGCUCCUGUACAAGCGGCAACUGGCAGAGUGUCGACAUCAGGAGAACCUCAUUAAGAACCUGACCAAGCAGUGUGACGCCCUGCGGGCUCAGCAUGAGGCUUUCCUGGAGCAGAUGGGCAAGGCAUUUCUUGGGCCCCUGAGCCAGCUGAAGGUGACUGACUUUGAGGAGAUACGGAGCUAUCGAGCACCACCAGAAUCUGUGAUCCAGGUGACCGACACACUGUGUGACCUGUUCCACCGUGAAAGAGGCUGGGCCAGUGCCAAGCAGCUGUUAUGCACUGAGGAUUUUUAUCAGGAGCUGGUGUUCUUCCCCAAGGAGAAGAUGACGGACUCGGAGGUAAUAAAGUUAAGCCUAGCUCUGAACGCUCCAGGUAUGAGAGAUGCAGCCUUGCGGGCAGUAAGCACACCUGCAGCAAGCCUGGCAGCCUGGCUCUGGGCCGUUCUGCACUACAGGCUGGCACAGCACCGAGUACUGCCCACCGGCCUGCUGCUGCGGCAGGUCGAGGCAACACUGGCUCGGGAGCAGGCCCACCUGGCCCACUACCAGUUCCAGGCGCAGAGGCUCCUAGAGCACAGUUUGGCCCUGACUGAGAAGCUGGAAGAUGCCCAGGCUUCCCACAGCCAAGUGGUAGAGAAUUUCAGCUGGGCUCAGAGUAGCCAGUAUCACAAGUGGCCCAUAAAGUCUGCGUUGCUCAUGCCCAAGCAUUCCUGGACUACAGAGCUCCAGAAACUGAAGAGGCAGUGCAUGACUGUGUUUGGAGAUGCCCUCCUGUGUUCAGCUGCCAUCACUUACCUGGGUCCCUUCCCACCCCUGCGGCGCCAGGAGCUACUGGCCAAGUGGCUGGCUCUGUGUAGAGGCUUUCAGGAGACCCUGGGCCCAGACGAUGUGGCACAGGCCCUGAAGAAGAAUCAGAAAUCUGUCAUCACACCACCAAAAAGGCCCCUGCUCUCCACACGCACUCCCUUUAGCCUUCUGGCCUUACUGAGCUCCGAAUCCGAACAGUUCCAGUGGGACACAGACCUGAAGCCCCAGGCAAAGUCAGCUCGCCUGGCAGGCCUGCUUCUGCGAAGUCACACCCACUACUACAGUUGCCGUUGGCCUCUGGUGCUUGACCCGAGCAAGCAGGCCCUCAUCUGGCUGAACCCGCUGCCUCUGGAACAUACUAGAUGUUUGUCCCCAGCUCCCACCAAGGGCAGAGGUAAAGCCAGGGGUAAUAAUCACAAUGCUUCUCGGGUGUCUGAACUAAACCAAGAAAAAGAGUAUGGAGAGGAGGGCACGGAAGAGGAAGACAAGAGAAAAGAGCAGAAGGCAGAGGAAAGUGGAAAGGAGGAGGCGGGCACGGGGGAGAAGCAAGCGCCGGAGAGCCCGGAGGACGGGCCCGAGGGGCGGGGGGCACGGCCAGCCUCCGAGGACCGGCCUCCGCCCGCUCCCUGCCUCCGCGUGCUCUCGGGCUCUGACCCAGACCUGGGCCCUCAGCUCCUGGAGGCGGCUGCCUGUGGCCUGCCCGUGCUGCUGACCCACAUGGAGCUGGGCCUAGGGUGCCAAGAACUGCAGUGGCUGCUGCAGCGGGGGCAGCUGAGCCCAGCCCAGGUGCAGCCUGGCUUCUGUCUCUAUCUGAGCACUACCCUCCCCCUCCGUGCCUUGGAAAAAGCGCUAGGUUGUGAACUGCUGAAGGGGCUGAAUGUGCUGGAUCUGGGCCUGAACAUGGACAUCCUAGAAGAACAGAUGCUGCAUGAAAUCUUGUGCGUGGAGCGUCCCGAGCUGAAGAACCGCUGGCAGGACCUCAAGAUGGGAGCCCUGGAUACCUUCAAAGCUGUGGAAGCUGCUGAGGAGCGGCUCUUGCUGAUGCUGCUGUUCCAGAACACGAACAGUAAGGAUCUAGUCAAGUUUCUGCGGGACAUGGUAAGGACCCAAGCAGAGCUAUGUCAGCUGCAUGUCUACUACGAGGAGCUAGAAGACCUGAGGCUGCAGGAGGUGGAAAUGUGGGUACCCUAUCGGCGUGUGGUCCAGCAUGCAAUCACCAUUAUCAAGGCCCUUAUCCCACUGCACGACCUGCUCCCACCUUUCCGUAUGAGCCCAGAGAACUGUCUGGCAGCCACCAAGAGGGCUCUGAGCAGCAUGAAGCAGUGUGAGGGCCAUCGGGGACAGGACUUGCCCAGCCACCUGCUACAGCUGAGAACACAGCUAACCCGCCAGCUGCUUGGCAACACCGUGGCUGAGCUGGGCCUGACCCAUAUGCCCUUGGUAGGUGCCUUGGGUGCUUUGGCUCUGCUGCAAGUGGCAAGGAAGGCAUCACAUCUGGAGGGGCUGGCGCUUUGGCCUGGACUGGCAGCCUCUCCCAACAUAGGCUAUAGCAAGCCAGUCCCAGAUGUGGUUCGACCAGCCUGGCUAGGGCUGAGAGCCUGGCAAGAAUGUGGAAUGUUAGAGCUGCUGCCCCCAUUUGCGGGGCUGCGUUUAUCCCUGGAAGGUCACUCCAGUGUUUGGCAGGCUUACCUGUCAUUGUCAUCCACAGUGCUGGGGCCUGCACCUGGACCUGGGCCUGAUCCACUCAGCCUCCUCCAGAAGCUGAUCCUGUGGCGUGUGCUGAGACCUGAGUGUCUUGCAGGUGCCCUGGCAGAUCUCACCACCAGCCUCCUGGGCCGGCCCCUGGAUGAAAACCUGAGUGCUUCCACUAUACCCUUUGAACACAGUGAGGCUACUCAGCCCCUGCUGAUCUUGUUGCCACCACCCGGUCACCCCACAGCCAUCUUGCAUCCCCUGACUGCCAUCCAGAAACUGGCUGCCCAGCACGAGCAGGGGCAGAAGCAUCUGGAGGUGAUAGCCCUGGGCUCUGAGGCCUGGGACCCAGUCUCCGUUGUGGUCAGUACUCUCCGUCAGGCUAUGCACAAAGGGCACUGGCUGGUGCUGGAGAACUGUCACCUGAUGCCUCACUGGCCAAAAGAGCUGCUACAGCCCUUGCUGGGACUGCUGGAUGGAGCCAAGGUGGUCUCGGACCUCGAGUUAGAACUGCUUUUAGCCCAACCUGCAAGCAGGAAUGUGGUCCACAGAGACUUCCGCCUUUGGCUUCUUGUGUCUGCAGAGGCUAUUUCUUCCUUACCAGCUGUGCUGACUCAGCACUGCAUGCCUGUGUUCUGGGAGCAGUCCCUGGAGCUGGGCCACAUCUUGAUCAACAAUGUGGAGUUAGCCCAGCAAGGACUUUCUGGGCAGCCCCUUACCAGGACGCUCCCUCUGCUCUUCCUACAUGGCCUCCUGCUACACCGGCAGCUCUAUGGAAUGAAGCUGCAGGCACACAGGGGACACUGGAAUCAAGUGACUCUGACCCAGGUCCUUCAGAUGCAAGACCAACUGUGGGCCAGCCUUAGCAAUCCCCAUGCUGCUGUGCAGGAACUGGCCGCUUCAGUUUUCUAUGGGGGUCCUCUGGGAGACAGCAAGGACAGGGAGGCCCUGAUUAGCCUCAUACAUACCUGCUUGAGCCCCAGCAGGGGGAGUUGCGACCACCCCCACACGCCCCAGGAUCUGCUGGCCAUGCUGAUGCCCAGCCCAGAGCUGGGCGAACUGGAUGCUGCGGCAGAAUGCAAGACCCAGAUGCACCUGCUGCCCGCACCGCCUGAACCCGGGACCUGUGGACUGGCUGCUGGCCCCCAAGCCUGGCUGUUGCGACGCCAGAGCCGCGCUCUCCUGAGCGCCCUGCGACGGAGUUCACCCGCUUGGGUGCCUGCGCCGCCGGAUGGCUCCCGGCGCACGGAGAGGCGGCUGCGGCAGCGCCUGGGGCUAGCCACGCGGAGGCUGGAGUCCUUGCAGGCCCUGUUGGCUGAGACCACGCGCCAAGGCGGGUCUGGCGCCGGGGGGACGGUGAAGGGGCGAAAGGACCAGCGGACCGUGGAGGGCUUCCUGCAGAUGGAGGUGCUGGAGCUGAGCCAGCUGGUGAGCGCGCUGCAGCGGGACCUCGGCUGCCUGGGGCAGCGGAGGCGCCACGCGCCUGCCGGGCCGCAGCCGCCCUGGCACUGGCUGCGACAACUGUCACGCCGUGGGCAGCUGUUAGUUCGUUACCUGGGCGUGUGCACUGAAGCACCAAAGCGCACCUUUCACCUGUCGGCCUUUCGCCACCCUCGGCGCCUGCUGCUCUCACUGCGCUGGGAGGCCGCCUUUGCUAUGGGAGCCCUGGACCGGGCUGCCCCCAGCCCCAAUGUGCCUGGUGGCCAAGGCUCCAGCUCCAGUCAUUUUCCCCAUAAACGUCGGGUGCUGAACAGCAACCCUCUGCACCUCCAGGUGGUGAACAGCCCGAAGCCCACCGUUCCAGAGAUGGGCCUGCUGCUGGUUGGGCUACAGCUCUGGAAUGCCCAGUGGGAUCCGCUAGCAGGGGCCUUGCAGGACGGCCCCUCCAGCCAGCCCAGCCUUCUGCCUCCAGUCAGCGUCAGCGUUCAGGCCAGGGGCACCAAUGACCUGCCACCCCCUGCAGGCCUGGCUGUAUAUUCCUGUCCUGUGUACUUGGAAGGGUCCCCGGGCACUGCUAGGCUGCACAGCAGGAAUAUCCUGGUGCAUCUGCCCCUGCCCACCAAGCUCAGCCCCACCAUCUGUGUUCAACGGAGAGUCCAUGUGUGUAGCCCACCCCUGACCUGAGCCUUAAACCAAACUAAAGGUGGAGUGAUCCAAUGAAAGAGUUCUGAGA